UGUCUGUUUGUGUGCAUGUGAGAGAGAGAGAGAGAGAGAGAGAGAGAGAGAGAGAGAGAGAGAGAAGAGAGAGAGGAGAGGAGAGGAGGAAAGGAGGGGAGCGUCGUCGGUGUCUCGGUCGGGAACCUCCUCCUCGUCCUAUGGGUGAAUCGAGCAGCUCGGUGUCGGUGGAUGUGGAGAGGAUAUCUUUCGGUGGGAAGAUAAACAGCUAUACCGCACUAAAUUCGGAGCAAGUGAAAUUUUGAUGUCAUAGAUAGCAAGAGCGGUGUUUAUUUCUUUCUCUUUUAACUCAGUUCGUCGGAGAUAUGUUGUUUAUCUUAUGACGACUUUUCAAGGUUUUGGAGAAUUGACACAUGGUGCAUCCAUGUUUCUGGCGUAUGCUUCAUGCGAAUGGAACAUCUUAUCAAAACCAGCCAUGGCACAGUAUCCGUUUCUGUGUUUGGAGAUCAGGACAAACCUGCACUUAUCACUUACCCGGAUGUUGCUUUGAAUCAUGUUUUGUGCUUCCAAGGAUUAUUUUUUUGCCCCGAAGCUGCUUCGCUACUUCUUCACAAUUUCUGCAUCUAUCAUAUCUGUCCUCCAGGUCAUGAGCUGGGAGCUGCUCCAAUUUCUUCCCGUAUUCCUAUCCCUUCUGUUGAUGAUUUGGUGGAUCAGAUCGCUUAUGUUCUUGACUAUUUCAGGUUAGGUUCAGUUAUGUGCCUGGGGGUCUUGGCAGGGGCAUACAUUCUUACACUUUUUUCCAUCAAAUAUAGGGAGCGUGUGUUAGGAUUGGUGCUUGUAUCUCCUCUGUGUAAAGCACCCUCAUGGACAGAGUGGUUAUAUAGUAAGAUACUAUGUAAUUUGCUCUACUUCUAUGGGAUGUGUGACUUGAUAAAGGAGUGCUUGCUUCAUCGGUACUUCUGUAAGGAAGUCUGUGGCAAUACCCAGAUCCCUGAGUCAGAAAUUGUCCAGGCCUGCAGAAGUCUGCUGGACGAGAGGCAGAGCAUAAAUGUGUGGCGUUAUCUUCAAUCGAUUAACCGCAGAUACGACAUCACUGAGGGAUUACAGCAGCUGCAGUGUCGGACAUUAAUAUUUGUUGGCGAGAACUCUCCGUUCCAUUCUGAUGCACUUCACAUGAUGUCGAAACUAGACAGCAGACAUAGUGCCCUGGUUGAGGUCCAAGCAUGUGGUUCACUGGUGACCGAGGAGCAACCCCAUGCCAUGCUGAUACCUUUAGAGUAUUUCUUCAUGGGUUAUGGCUUUUACAGACUCAACCAAUUCACCGACAGUCCACGCGGUCCACUUAGUCCAUCCUGCAUCUCCCCAGAGCUGCUGUCACCUGAAAGCUUGGGCGUAAAGCUAAAGCCCAUCAAGACCAGGGUGUCGGUUGAAGUUUGAGGGUGGCCGGUAUGAGCAGUGGCCAGGUUGUGUUCAUCUUAUGUGGCUUGGAUCUGGAUACAUUCUCUAGAAUCUUAGAUCAAAUUCUUUGGUUGUAGAUAGAAAAGUAGGAUGAAGGCAUCAUGCUCUCACCUGUAAGUGUCCAAUAUUCAUGAUGAGCUAGCUAAUAAUAAUGAGGCAUGUAGAAGACUACUGGGUCUAACUGAUGCUUCUGUUCCAAGGAAGGUUACAGAAAACAUUUUCAUGUGUUGUUGGAAGGUUGAUGAUGCUUGCUUCAUUUCUUUA